UCCAGUUGUCAGUCAGGCUCCGGUCCCGCCCCUCUCUGGCUGUCAGUCAGUUGUUCUGGCCACACCCCUCCCGAUCCGGGUCGCUUCGAAACAGCUGGCCCCGCCCCCUCCUCACCAUUGGUCGGUUGGCAUUUUCGCCUCUGAGGAGGAGGAGCCGGAGCUGCGGCCUCCUAUCAUGGACCUUCCCAGGAGGCCGGGGCCCAACGAGUCCCGCCUACCCCCGCAGCCCCCCGGCCGCCCGCGACGCCACCCCCGCAGCCUCCGAGACUUGGCGCUGCUGGUGGUAGUGCUGGGGGCGCUGCUGGCCGUCGCCGGCCGGGGCUACGUGGACUACCGGGAGGCCCAGGCCGAGGCGCUGCGGGAGGCCGCACAGAAGUUCCUGGGGAAGGAUGGAUUCUUUCUCUUCUCCUCUCUGGAUGCAGACAGAGACAUGUACAUCAACCUUGAAGAGUUCAAGCCUGAUGCUAAGAAAUUGAUAGCAGUCACAUCCAUCAGCAUCCUCGAGGAGGAAGUGUCUCAGAGCUCUCCACUUGACCUCAGCGAGGAGAAAUUUUCUAUGAUGGCCAGAUUCCAGCCUCUGCUCCGAGAAACCAUGUCCAAGAGCAACAAUGGAUUCCUGGGGGUUUCUCAUCUCACUCUCUCUGGACUUCGAAACUGGACUGUCCCUGAUGAAGUGCUCCGCCUGUUCUCAGCCCGACAGUUCUUCAUCUUCCUACCACCAAAGGAGGAGCUGGAGCUGGGUGAGCCCUGGUGGAUUAUCCCCAAUGAACUGGAAGAACAUCUCCCUUCCAAUCGCUUCUAUCCACCAAGGUCCAGCAGGAGAGAGGACUUGAUCUAUAAACUCCUGAGCAUGUUCCACCCAAGGCUGUUUGUGAAGACCCGCUUUGGCCCUCGAGGUACGGUAGCCUGCCUUAUGGCCACCAGUGACCUCUACUAUGCCGUGGCCUUCAGGAUCCAUGCUGAGUUCCAGCUCAAUGAACCACCCCUCCUCCCCUUCUGGUUCUCUCCAGGACAGUUUACUGGGCGCAUCAUUCUCUCCAAAGAUUCCUCCCAUGUCCGUGACUUCAAGCUCUUUGUGCCCAAUCACAAGCCUCUGAACGUGGAAAUGGAAUGGCUUUACCAGGAUGAAGAAAAUGGCAACUCCAGUAGCGAAUUGGACGUGGAUAUUGGCUACCUCCCUCAGAUGGAGCUGGAGUCCUGGGGACCCUCAGUAUUAACUGAGAUUCACAAGAAGGGCAAAAUAACCUACAGAAGACCUUGUGACCAGUCCAGCCAGCUUGUCUCUGAGGACAUUGUGUGGCAGCAAGAGAUAAGCUGGGAGAAGGCAGCCUGGCAGCUAGGAGUUGCCAUGUACCCCUUCUUGAAGGUCACCUACUUGCCUCCUAUCAAAGCAUUUGAACAAGCCAGGACUGAAAACAAGCUGGUGCACUCCAUCGUGCUCUGGGGAUCCCUGGAUGAUCAAUCCUGCUUUGGUCCUGGGCAGGGUCUGCGAGACAUAGUAUUGGGAAAUUCUCUCAUCCUCACUCUUCUCAAGAACAGUUUUAUCAGCAGCUGGUCUCAAGUGCAUGAGCUGCAUGAGAUUCAGAACAACCAAGAUAAUGAAUCUCACCAAAAGUUAGCUGAACUCCUCCUGGAGAAAUACGACUCCCCCGUGAAGAUGCUUCUCUGCCUGCCCAAUGGGACUGUGGUCCACGACCUAAGCGCUGAUGAUCUGUACCAAGUGUCAGAGGAGAGGAGCAGCGGACUUGUGCACCCAGUAAUGGUGUAUAAACAGUUCCUGCAGGAAGGACUUUUCCGAGCUCGGCCCUUUCUUCACAGAAAAGCCGGAAGUUCCUGUGAAAGGAAUUAAUGGGCAGAGCAAGGCUGGGUUCCAGAGAAGAAACAAGUUCUGAACCUCAGUGCAAGCCCAGGAGUAUCUUUGCUCAGUUGACCCCUACUGAUUAUCUUCUCUGAUGUCUUACAAUCUCCCAAGACGUGUUUUCUCCCAGAACUCAAGCUGGUCUGAGUCACAUCUCUAGUAGCACCUCUGGGCAUUCCACCCAACAUCUGCCCUCCCCUCCUCCCUUCCCCAGUUAUUUUCAUAUUCUGUGUUUCUGUGGUUCAUAUAAUUGUGGCACAUUCUGGUUACAAAAUGAUUCUUUAAAAACAAAAAUCCAAUAAAGUGAUUUGGCAAAGAAAACUUCUCUUCGUU